AUGCGCCACGACUCUGCUGAAUAUGUCAAAAGAUGUGAUCGUUGCCAACGAUACAAGCCGAUCCCUAAUCUGCCUGCCGAAGUUUACCAUCCGCAAAACAGUCCAUGGCCAUUCAUGCAAUGGGCCAUCGACUUAGUGGGUCCCUUGCCACCGGCGCCUGCCAAGAAAGAAAUGAUGAUCGUCGCCACCGACUACUUUACUAAAUGGAUCGAGGCCGAAGCUCUAUCCUCUACUAAAGAAGCCGAUGUGGAGCGAUUCAUCUGGAGAAAUAUCAUCUACCCACAAAACACAACAGUUGUCCAUAAGCAGCGUCCUUCGGGAGACGCAGGGCAACGACCAGAAGUGUCCUUCGGGAGACGCAGCCCAUAA